GGCGGGUAAGAGGAGCCGUGGGAACGCCAUGGGGGAGACGGGCGCCGGACGAGGCGCGGGUCGCGCGCUGAGCGCCCUCCUCCCGCGCAGCGCACGCCGCCUCCCCGACGGGCGUCCACGUCCCGCUGUGACCGCCGCCGUGACCGCCGCCAUAGCCAUGAAGCGGGCGCACCCCGAGUACAGCUCCUCGGACAGCGAAGAGCUGGACGAGGCCAUCGAGGUGGAGAAGGAGAGCGCGGACGAGAAUGGGAACCUGAGCUCGGCGGCGGGCUCCAUGUCUCCCUCCACCACGUCGCAGAUCCUGGCCAGGAAGAGACGCCGAGGGAUCAUCGAGAAGCGCCGCCGCGAUCGCAUCAACAACAGCCUGUCCGAGCUGAGGAGGCUGGUGCCCAGCGCCUUUGAGAAGCAGGGAUCGGCCAAGCUGGAAAAAGCAGAGAUUCUGCAGAUGACUGUUGAUCACCUGAAAAUGCUGCAUACAGCAGGAGGGAAAGGUUAUUUUGAUGCUCAUGCUUUGGCUAUGGACUAUCGGAGUCUGGGCUUUCGAGAGUGCUUGGCUGAAGUUGCUCGAUACCUGAGCAUUAUAGAGGGUCUGGAUGCCUCUGAUCCUCUGCGAGUUCGCCUUGUGUCUCAUCUCAACAACUAUGCCUCUCAGCGGGAAGCAGCGAGUAGUGCACACGCUGGCAUUGGACACAUUCCUUGGGGCAGUACCUUUGGACAUCACCCUCACUUAUCUCACCCGUUGCUGCUGGCUCAAAAUGGGCACGGUACUACCAGUACUACAGCAUCUUCCGCAGAACCACAUCACCAGACCAGAAUUGCUGCCCCCCAUGCUGAAACUUCCUCACUCAGAGUGCCCCCAAAUGGCAGCGUUGGACCAGUGCUCCCCGUGGUCACACCUACUACCAAACUGUCUCCUCCUCUUCUCUCCUCCAUGGCAUCUCUGUCUGCGUUCCCUUUUUCAUUUGGCUCCUUCCAUCUGCUGUCCCCCAACGUGCUGAGCCCGUCUACACCAACGCAGUCAGCAACUCUUAGCAAACCGUACAGACCCUGGGGGACUGAGAUUGGAGCCUUCUAAAGAAUUAACUCUUUAGGGAGGGUGGGGAAGCCUACAAGCCUAGCUGAGCUGGGUUAUGCUACGGUUAAAGUUGAAGUUCUUAAUAACUUGGACAAAGGUACAGCUUCACCUUAACUAACUUUGUCAGAAAACUAGCUCUUUGGAUUUUUCUUUUUUUUCCCCUACAUUUUUGUAUUAGCAAUUUUGUUAGGAUUUUUUUUUAAUGGUUGCUAAAGUUGUCCAAAUAUAAAAUUACAAUAGUGGUUGUUAACACUUGUGUUAGAUCUGUGCUGAGGACUUAAAUCACUUUUGUAAACAAUUUGUUUCAAAUGUGUCAUUUUUCUUGAGUAUGUCAGACUGCCUUUUUAUGAAGAUCUAUCACCUAGUAUUGUUAGCAACAGCUUAUUCAUUUUUUCAAGACCACUCAGUGCUAACGAGCUGUGGUUUUGAGUUUUGACAUUGAGAUGUUCUGUAAAGAAUUACUCUUUUUGUAAACUAUAUUUGAGUCUUACAUUUCUGAACAGAGCGUUGACAAAUCAAUUGGACCAGCUUUUAUCUAAGAGCUCAAUUUCUAUUCUGCAGUGGUUUGGUCUUACUCAGUUCCCUAGUGGACAGUUUCUCACAUCUGUAACAUUAUUUCUUCCACUGAAAGGAGCAGUAUGAGCGAACUCUAGAGUGGGGAGGGUACACAAGCCGAAUUACAUGCUGUGUGGUGGUGGGUUUAGUUGCUGGGGAAGUGAAGAGGGAGAGGGAGGAAAGUUGUCACCUGCAGUAGUCUUCCAGCCAGAGCUGAAGGUAUGUGUGUUCAUUUCAUAGGGCCAGAUUCUGCUCAGGGUUACAGUGGAGUGGUUGUUCUAUUGCUCUGUAUUCUUCGAUAGCUGAGGUCAGACUCCUUUCCCUGUGUGAGCUGCAGACUUGCACCUGAAGUGGAUGAUGCUGGUAUUUAAAUAGCCAAUGGAGCAGUACAGCAGGAGCCUGUUCAGUACACAGCCUUGUUACUUAACAGAUACAUCCUAACCCAUUGAUUUUUCUGUGGUGAUUUGCUUUUAGGUGAAGGUCAGUGCCACCCCUCAUUUUGUAAGUGCUCUGCUGCAUUCUUGUGUCUGUGAGUGUGUGUGCAUGUACAUCAAUAUUUUGGUUGAUUUCAUAAGGAUCUUAAUCUGAACAGGUUUAUCUAGUGAGUUCCACUGGACAGGGUUUGACUGCUCUUGUAUUUGUGUUGUGGCUAAAUAAAAGAGAAAGAACAAAGUAUUUUAAACUACAUGCUUGUCUGAUAUAUAUCAGUGGGGAAUUCUAUGCCUCUGGGUAUCAUGGGAGAUCUCAAACAAUUGCUACUUAGUCCUGCUGUGGGCAUUUGUAUUUACUUUUUUUCUCAAAUACUAUGGCAUAGUUGGUUACACUGGCUGAGUAAAUAAAGAACCACAUUGCCUCAGAGUAACAGUCAA